CUGUUUUUCAAUAUCAAAGUUUUACAACGCAAGUAAUAAAAUAACCAUUUCAAUGUAUGAUGAAAUUGCAAAUUUCGCUUAGGAAUCAAUAGAAAAGUAUGAAACUUGUGUUAGUGGCUCUCUUUAUUUGUAAAACAUCAUUAUGCCAAGAAGUUAAGGUGUUGACUCCCUCCCGGCGGUACAAGCACAACAUCGCGCAAGUGGCCAAGUACCAGGAUGCUCAGCACAGAGGCGAGAGAUGGUACUCGUACUCGUCCAUGUCUCAUGAUCCCUUUGAAGCAUCACAUCACUCUAGUGACAGCUUGCCAUCUAUGACUGAACGAGAAGCCUCAGAGAGUCGUUCCUCAGACGCAUCGUCAGCUUACACUUCAGAAAUAAAUAACAAACUCAAAAAGAAGAAGCUUCGCAAAUGCACAUCGUGUCCGUACGACAUGCUGAAGCAGUUUGGUAAUCGAGGCAUCAAGUGGAUCUGCGGACAGUACCAAAGAGCUCGGAGGUCGUUCAAGAGCGAGUGCAUGAUGCGGUACAGGAACUGCGAGGAUGGCACUAUGUUUGUGAAGAUGCACGAUAACCGUUGCAAGACCGACCCAUAUCACGGAGAACAUUGGUUUUACAUCUACAAAGUAUAAUAUAAAUAAAUAAAAUA